CCAAGUUGGCCACGGCGCCGUCCGUGCGCAUGCCGAGCGUCGUGCGUCCCUCGCCAUACCGCGCUGCUACUCGCCGCUGCCCUCUCUCCCCCUCCAUCGCCUCUCUCUCGCGUGCAGAUGCCGCCAAGGCCGCGCCGGCUGAGCCUGCCUACGCCGCCUGCCUGCGAGCGCUCGCCGCCGCUCCCCAUGGCCGCCAGUCGCACCUCCACGCCGAGCCGUCGAUCGAGCUCGCCCCGCCCUCCACCAACCCCCGAAUCUGCUUGCUCUCGUCCCAACGAAGCUCCCGGGCCCGGCCAUCACCUCCACGCCUCGCCGGAACGCCGCCGCAGCGGUACAGCACCGCCGCCGGCCGCCGCCCGCCGUGGAGCCGCCGCCACAGACCACCUCCUCGCGCUCCAAGGCCACCUACAGGUAAGAUAGAUGAACCACGUGAAGGACGUGAUAUUAGAACGGAACACGAAGACGAUGUUUGGUGGACAUAUCCAGAAGAGGCAAAGAACCAGGAGUACAUGCUUGGACCAGAAUACUCGCCAAGCGAGUGUCAUCUAACAAACACUGACCUAGUGUUAAUCCCAGGUAUAGAAGCUAACCAGGAUUCGCAUCAGUGGGCUCGAUGUGACGUCCUCAUGUGUUCAUAG